CCGGCUAUAGCUAGGGAGUGACGCCCCAACCCCCUGUACCAUGCACUCCUCCUCCAUGAUGUGCUAUGCCGCCCCUCCAAUGACGGCAACAACCCGGCGGCCGUCCUCCUCCUUUCCCCGUGCUCCCCUCCGGCAAGAAGUUGCUCCCACCUCCGGCGACGACAGGCCAUCCUCCUCCUCCUCCUCUUUCAACCAAGGCCCAUCCUCAGCGUUUUGCUUCCGCAUCGUCAUGCCUUCCCAUCCCUCCACUAUCGUCCCUGUUACCAAAUGGCAAGAAAUCUUCCCCGACCAUGGGAGGGGAUUCUAGCUUACUAGAUGUACACUUAUUCAUGGUUCUCCCCGAAAAAAGAAAGAAAGAAAAAAGUGGAUAGGGGCUUCGACUUGCACACGGCAGCGCUCCUCGCCGGCGCCUCCUCCACGCGCCACCAUUGCCCAAAUGCACUUGUCCGCCCGCCGCCCGAGCCCUGUGCCGCCGUCGGACAUGGCACACCGGUCGCCUCUGCAGCUCCUGCCCGCCAUGGACGCCGCUCGGCUCGCCGGCAACCAACCGGCGCCGCCACCGGACCUCGCACUGUCACCGCCGCGUGGUGGCCAUCCUCAUGUGAAUCACAUAAACCUGCCAGGAUCAUCACCAAGGCAAACCAUCUCCACCUCGAUCAUCUCAGCCAUGGCCUCCUCCUCCUCCUCCUCCUCCAUGCCCGCCCCUCAGGAGGUCCGACAGCGUCGCCGCCAUGAUGCCCGAGGCGCUGCGCCAGAGCCGGGGGCUACCAGAUGAAGAGCUGCUUCCAGAGGUAUGUCUCCAAGGGCCAGGCUUCCUCGGCUACGUCGUGUUCCCUCGUCGCCUUCGCCGUCCGGACGAACCCCCGGCGUCUGGGAGUUCAUCAGGGGACCUCUCCGUCGAGGAGAUCAAGCCCGCCGACUGCCUCAAGUGCAAGGAGACCCUCUACGAUGACAAAUGAGUCCCUGCUGUUUGUUUUCUUGAGGGCACGCGACGACAACUCGCUCGAGGUUGAUUUCGGUGCACUGGACCUCUCCACGCCUCACCUAACGCCGCCGUCGUCCAUCGGCAACGGGAUGCAGUUCGUCUCCCGGAUCAUGUCUUGGAAGCUGAGCGGCAAGCCGGAGAGCAUGAAGCCACUGCUGGACUACCCCGGCGAGAAAGAAAGCAUUGCUUCUCGCACAAGUCUUGGUCGCCAGCCUUGAGAAGAGCACACCGUACCACAAGUUUGAACAAAGGAGUUCAACUCACCGGGCUUGGAGUCCUCUUCACGGCGUAACGCAUCUUCGGCAUGGCAUGUAUCCCACGGCCAUGGCCAAGGCCUCUGAGGUCGCGUGACCUUUUAGGCCUCGCCCAUGGCUAU